AUGAUUCAUGUGGGUGUGGGACAUUCGCAAAGCCUCUCAACUGUGGAAGCAGCGGAGCGCGCAACACUGAUGGCAAUGGGAAACGCAGGUAUCGCCAAAGCCGACCUUGCCAUUGUAUUUGCAACCAUCAACUAUCAAACGGAAUAUGAGGACUUGUACAAAGCGGUUCAAUCGAACUCCAAUUGUGAUGAACUCGUCGGAUGUAGUGGGAUGAGCGUCCUGACUUCAGCAGGAGAGUUUGAGGAAGAACCGGCUCUCGCAGUCAUGGUUAUCCGUAGCGAGCAACUUUCAGCAGUAUCGUUUAGCGCGCGAGGCACGGCAUCUGAAGUGGGCGAGCAGAUACAAAAAGACAUUCAGUCUGGACUCGCAGAACUCGUGACGCAUAUUGGUAGCGAUGGGACCGCGCUUCCUGUCGUGGGUGCCGCUGUUUCUGGUGAUGCAACAGGGGCACAGAUGUAUCAUUGGAAAGGAGAAGAGGCAACAGAAGGUGGGCUGACGGGUAUCCUCUUAACUGGUGAUUUCGACACAGAGAUCGGCGUUGCCCAAGGAUGUCAACCCAUCGGUAAACCGCGCGAGAUCACAAGAGCGGAGGGGCGCGUUAUUUUUGAAUUAGAUGGUGAACCCGCAUUGGAGAACUUUAAAGGGACCUUGCAACUGCUAACCCAAGACGAUAUUCGUCGCUCAGGUGGCACGGUUUUCGUCGGUAUCGCAAUGGAUCCUGAAAACAAAAAUCCGAUCCGGGGUGAUUUUCUGAUUCGUAAUCUUGUCGGUAUUAAUGAGGAGCAUGCUGCACUGGCUGUAUCCGAGGAGGUAACGGAAGGACAAUUGGUGCAGUUCCAUCUACGGAAUCCAAACGCCGCCGCAGAAGAAAUACAGGCGAUUCUCACACAAUUAGCGGAGAAAACACGUCAACAUCCACCCGCAUUCGGACUCUAUUUCAACUGCUUAGGUCGUGGUAAGGGGCUAUAUGGCACAGCAAAUCACGACAUCAGUGUUAUCCAAGAGAAGUUUCCAGGACUUCCCGUUAUCGGAUUUUUCGGGAAUUCGGAGUUCGCACCGAUCGGUGGACGCAACUUCUCGCAUGCCUAUACAGGAAUCGAGGGACCCGCCUGUGAUGCAGCGGGGAACCUAUACGCUGUUAACUAUGAACGGCAGCACACUAUCGGCAAGGUGACACCCGAUGGCACUGCCAGCGUUUUUGUUGAACUUCCAACCGGUAGCAUCGGCAACGGUAUCCGCUUCAACAGCGAAGGUUUUAUGUUCAUUGCUGACUACACGAACCACAAUAUCCUCAAGGUGGAUAUGGACACACGGAACAUCACUGUCCAUGCGCACGAAGCAACAAUGAAUCAACCCAACGAUAUCGCCAUCGGUGCGAACGAUAUCCUCUAUGCGAGUGAUCCAAAUUGGGGCGCGUCAACCGGGCAAAUCUGGAGAGUGGACACAGAUGGAGAGGUAACACUACUGGAAGCAGAUAUGGGAACCACAAACGGCAUCGAAUUCCCCGAUUUCGGUAUGGAUGGAAUGCGAUGCGAUAUUGAAGGCAACCUUUAUGUCACCCGCCACGGCAAAGGCACAGUCGCGAAACUCUCACCGGCAGGUGAAUUUGGCGGCGGCCCCAAGUGGGUUGAUGGUAAAUUCGGAAAGGCUCUUGAAUUCAGCGCGUCCAGCGAUUUUGUCGCUGUUGAGGACGACGCGGUUUUCCAUAUUGAAGACGAAAUCACACAAGCCGCAUGGGAUUAA